AUGACCGACUACAAGGACGUGGGCAAGGCUGCACUUGGGCCUAGACGAGAAGAUGUUCAGCCUACAUAUCGCCAUGAGCCCCUUGGAAGCGCAAAUUGGCAAGCUAAGCGGGCGGGCGGGUUUGAAGAGGAUAUCGCCCGUCUGGAAGCAGAACUGGCACCCAUGACAGGCCGUUUGGAAGAACUCAAAGCCGAGCAGCAGUCUCUCCACGAUGACAAGGCCGAUAUUCACGAGUGUCAACGUGAAGUUCUCAUGGAGUUGUAUGACACGAUGCAUCCAGUUCUUGUGAGCCAUGGAUUGAUCCCAGAGCUUGACGAGCCCGUCGACGCUGAUUGGCAUGAGGCAGAAGACGAUACUCAGACGCCAGCGGUGGAGCCGGCGGAACAUUCGACCGAUGCGUGCGGUCCCAAGGCGGCCUCGCCGAGCAGCGAAGAGACGGCGACUUCAGUGAAGUCAACGAGUGUCAAACUGCAGACGGAUGCUGCAUCAAAUCCGACCACUAGUCCCAGUUCCCAAUCGCAGGAGCCCAUGAAGAGAGACUAUCAGAUCGCAAAGGCCAUGUUCCGUGGAGCUGAGGAAGACUUUGAAUUCAGAUUCGAGAAGCUCCAGCACAAUCGAUACAUCAUCGAGCAGCAAAAGGCGGCAGCAGGCGAGGUCAUUAGCGACAAGUCGUUGCUCCAACUCGACAUGCAAGAUAUCACGGAGACUCGACGUCUAGCUAAAGCUCUUGCAGAAGCAGAGGAAAACCUCGCCAAAGCCAAAGAGGCCUGUCUGCUAGCAGGCGUUGACACCGCCGAUUCUGAAAUGGAGUCCGGUUUCCUGGAUGGUGUUGACGAUGGGUACAGUGUGAGCGAGGAAAAGGAAAUGAUCGCGAGCGUCACUCCAGCUGGUAUGGAGCGGUGGCUGAAGCAGAUCUCAGACAACUUGAAGAUCGAGCAAGACGGCGAGGAACAAUCGCGGGAGCAUGGUGCUGAUGCUGAUGUCCGAUCCGUCGAGAUUGAGGACAGCGCAAGCAUGGUUGCUCAGGGUGCUUCGAGGCGGAGAAUCGACAAGUGGCGAGAAAUGUACCAGACUCUGGCUGUGACUGAAUGA